UGAACAACUAAACGACACGGGAAUCUCACCUGUUUGUUGCAAAAUUUUGCUAGGUCAGAAUUUUUGUUUAGCGUUUGCUUAUGGUCAUAAAAAUGUAAAUACGGCCUUUUUUACUGACCAGGCAUUUGUUGUAAUGGGAUUUUUCUAUACAUAAAUUUAAAAGGAUUUUUAAAAGGCUUUGUGCUUGCGCUGGACAGCAGUGAGUAAAGGAAGGAAGUAAAGUCUAACAAAAUUUCAUUCAGAGUCAAAGGACAGUACACGACUUGCUGAGUCACGAUACAUUAUGGGGUCCAAAGAAAUGUCUCAAGGGCGUUUGAUAAUCAUCGCCACUUUUCUCAUCAUCGCCUGUAUUAUUGCCCUCGGACUUGGCCUCGGGUUUGUGCUAACUAGAGACAAGGAUUCCAGCCAAACACCUUGUGGAGAACAAGGGACGGAAUCGGGACCUUCCUCCACAGGGUCGCCACCCACCACCACCACCAAACCCGCUCCGGAGGGAACCCCAUCAAUCGAGGGUCAUUAUCGAUACGCUGCCAUUGCAUCCGAUACCGGAACCUGCGCACAAAUCGGCACAGAUAUCAUGGGCCGGCGACAAGGGUCCGUGGUAGAUGCUGCUAUCGCCACCAUUCUUUGUCAGUGUGUUGAUAACAGUCACAGUUGUGGUAUUGGAGGAGGGCAUUUCAUGACUGUAUACAAUAGGGCAAAUAACACAGCCUACACAAUCAUAGCCCGCGAGAUGGCGCCAGGGGGAGCUACAGAAGAAAUGUAUGUGCCAGAGAAUAAAUCUUCAACGGAAGGUUACCUGAGUCACUCAGGUAACCUACAGCAGCAGAACUGCA